AUGGCUGUCCGCGACGAGCCGCUGCAUAUCCUCUUCUUCCCGUUCCUGGCGUCCGGCCACCUCAUCCCUAUCGCCCACAUGGCCGCGCUCUUCGCCGGCCGCGGCGUCAGGUGCACCAUCCUCACCACGCCCGUCAACGCCGCUAUCAUCCGCUCUGCCGUCGACCGGGCCAACGACGCCUUCGCCGGCACUGGCUCCCCGGCCAUCGACAUCGCCGUCGUGCCCUUCCCAGACGUCGGGCUCCCGCCGGGCGUCGAGAACGGCACGGCCCUCGCGUCCCAGGACGACCGCGACAAGUUCUACCAAGCGGUCAGGCUUCUCCGGGAGCCCUUCGACCGGUUCCUGGCCGACCACCGCACCGACGCCGUCGUGUCCGACAUCUUCUUCGACUGGUCCGUCGACGCCGCCGCGGAGCGCGGCGUCCCGCGCAUCGCGUUCCUCGGCAGCAGCAUGUUCGCGCGCGCCUGCAGCGACAGCAUGCUGCGGCACAACCCGCUGGAGAACGCCCCCGACGACCCCGACGCCCUCGUUUUGCUGCCGGAGCUGCCGCACCGCGUCGAGCUGAGGCGGAGCCAGAUGCUGGACCCGGCGAAGAGGCCGUGGCACUGGGAGUUCUUCAAAAGCAUGAACGCCGCCGACCAGAGGAGCUUCGGCGAGGUGUUCAACAGCUUCCACGACCUCGAGCGGGACUAUGUCAAGCACUUCCAAAAGACGCUCGGCCGGCGCGUGUGGCUCGUCGGGCCGGUGGCCCUCGCCAGCAAGGACAUGGCUUUCAACAACGAGACGCUCGUCGUGGAGCAGCUCAAGGUGGGCGUCAGCAUCGGGGCCAAGGACUACGCGUCAGGCAUCGAGGCCCACGAGGUGAUCGCCGGCGAGGUGAUCGCGGAGUCCAUCCAGAGGUUGAUGGAGAGCGACGCCAUCCAGAAGAAGGCUAAGGACCUCGGUCUGAAGGCAAGGAGCGCGAUGGAGAAGGGAGGAUCCUCGUACGAUGACGUUGGCCGGCUAAUGGACGAGCUGGCGGCCCGCCGGAGCACCGUCAAGGUUGUAGAAGACAUCCAGGCCAGCUGCUGA